AGUUUUUUUCAGAGGAAAAUGCAGGGUUUGUCCUUCACCCUGACGUCAGCUCUAGCUUUAAUAAAAGCUCCCCGCCGGGGCUGCGGGAAGAGACAGAGCUGGUCCUCCCGAUGGGCAGGACAGACAGGACCCAUCUCCCGAGAGUGGUGACUGGACCCCCGGGCACUCCGUGGAUGCUUUUGCUGUUGACUUCCAGGCAUGAGGUGGCUCCUGUCCUGGGCGCUGGCGGCUCUGACAGCCUCCGCCGCAGGCAGUGUUCUGGCCUCGGUCCUCUCUCCAGCCCCCACAGCCAUGGCCUUCACUCCUGCACCAGGGGAGGACUCAGCCCCACGCCCUGAAUUCUGCAAGUGGCCAUGUGAGUGUCCCCCGUCCCCACCCCGCUGCCCGCUGGGGGUCAGCCUUAUCACCGACGGCUGUGAGUGCUGCAAGAUGUGUGCCCAGCAGCUCGGAGACAACUGCACAGAGGCUGCUGUCUGCGACCCCCAUCGGGGCCUCUACUGUGACUACAGUAGGGACCGCCCCAGGUACGCAAUAGGAGUGUGUGCACAGGUGGUCGGAGUCGGCUGUCUCCUGGACGGGAUGCGCUACAGCAACGGCGAGACCUUUCAGCCCAACUGCAAGUACAACUGCACAUGCGUGGACGGCGCGGUGGGCUGCACGCCGCUGUGUCUCCGGGAGCGCCCUCCCCGCCUGUGGUGCCGGCGGCCCAGGAGGGUGAAGGUGCCGGGUCAAUGCUGUGAGCAGUGGGUGUGUGACGACGAGGCCACGAGGCUACGCAAGACCGCGCCACGCCACACCGGGGCUGCCUUUGCUGCCACAGGGGAGAUGGAGCCAUGGCACAGGAAUUGUAUCGCCUACACGAGUCCCUGGAGCCCCUGUUCCACCAGCUGUGGCCUGGGCAUCUCGACGCGGGUCUCCAAUGCCAAUGCCCAGUGCUGGCCUGAGCAGGAGAGUCGCCUCUGCAACCUGCGGCCUUGCGAGGUGGACAUCCAUCCGCACAUCAAGGAAGGGAAGAAGUGUUUGGCCGUGUACCAGCCUGAAGUGCCCAUGAACUUUACCCUUGCUGGCUGCAUCAGCACACGCUCCUACCGGCCCAAGUACUGUGGAGUCUGCACAGACAACAGAUGCUGCAUACCCUACAAGUCCAAGACUAUUAAUGUUACUUUCCAGUGUUCUGAUGGGCCUGGUUUCUCCCGCCAAGUGCUCUGGAUUAAUGCUUGUUUCUGCAACCUGAGCUGUAGGAAUCCCAACGAUAUCUUUGCUGACUUGGAAUCCUACCCUGACUUGUCAGAAAUCGCCAAUUAAGCAGACAGAAAAAUGGAAAUGGAGGUUCAAGCCCAACUUUUGUGCACGUUCACUCUUAUCUUAUCCAUUUACCACUCGUCUGAUGAUCCUGAAAUGGACCCUUGACCAUUUUUUCUUGCCUUGACCACAAAAUUAUUUAACUGGGUCUGAGGCCCAGAUGAGGGGGCUGAGAGGGUGAAAGGAGUCCUCUCCCAGUCAGAAUUCUACAGAAAUACUCUAAAGAAAGUGCUUACUUGUAGCUUUCCUGAAUGUUACCCACUUCAUGUAGAGUCCAGGAAGCCCAACUGGUUCUCACCCAAGGCCCAAGGAACAGAAUCAGCUAGACACUCAAUAUUACUAAUCCCCCCUUUAGAUGCGAAACAACAAAGCUUUUUGGGUCAUUCAGUAGGAUAAUAGGGAUUUGGACAGUGAAGAAAUUAUUUGGGCCCUGUUAAGUGGCACUUGGAUUGAUGGUUUUGACCACAGCACACCAAAGAAUGUCUCUAAUUUCCAAAGAUUUAUAUACCCCAAGGUUUCCAAGCAUUUGCCAAAUAAGAUCAAUGGUUGCUUGAUUUUGAUUGUUACUAGAAAAUUGUGACAUUAAUCAAAGCAAUAAUGAGGUUAAAUUUCUCUUUAUUUUUAUACUGUGAAGGGUACGAGUUGGCUUUAUCCCAGUGAGAAAUACUAUUUGAUCAACCUUAGUCUUGUCCAGAGUAGAGCCAGGUGGGACAAUUUUGAGAAGGAAUAAUUGAUCAUAUAACUGAAUCUGCUGCUAAAUGACAUGUAUGGGGCAACUAGCUUGACUUGAAACUCUCUUGGGUUCAGAUCCUCUCCCUGCCUAGGGGUCCAGGGGAGUUGGUAAGACUUACAGGAUGGCCUCCAUACCCCUAAAAAUGGUAUCCAGGAAUUUCCUUUGUUCUUGGAGCCUUGGGAAGCUUUACUGAACCAAAAUGAGCAUAAUGAACCCAGGCCAGAUGAAGGCCAAACAAGAAGUUUGUCCACUCUACAUCUUCUUGGGGUGUCCAGAGACAUUUAGCACAGGUAAUAUCUCUAUUUUGUAUGCCACAGUGACCCACUUCACAGAUGGAGUUUCUGUUGGCCCAAAAGGUCCUUCAGAGACAGAAGUUUACCUGUUGUUCUAAAAUAGAAUUACACUUGACAGGGAUUAAAAGUGAAAAGGGGUUGAAGUUGAAAGAAAAACGGAAGAUUGUAACUAAUGGAAACACCGCUGUUAUUUAUUUUGUUGGAGAAUAUGAAUAUUUGAUGCUAUAAUUAUUUUAUCUAGUGCUUCCUCUAUGCCAGAUAUUGUCCUCAGUGCCUUAGAAGCACAAGAUUAUUGAAAUCAGCCCAUCACCUUGAAAGGAACCCUUACUAUUUCUGUUCUUACAGAGGUGAAUGGAAACUCAGAAAGGGAAAGAGAUACCCCAGCAUCACUAAGCUGGCAAGUGGAAGAGCUGGGAUUUACAUCCAAGUUGUACUGACUUUAUAAUUCAUAUAUUUCCUUUCUAGUUUUAGAGUUUAUAGAUAUGCUGGAGCAGAAAAACAUGUUGGAAUAAGCACCUGCUUGUGUUUUCUGUUUUAAUUAUCCUUUACAUACCCUUUUAUACACACACACACCAAAGGUCUUGAGUUUAGAUAAUGCAGGUACUGGAGCAGCCAAAAAGUACAUAAUAGAGCUAAGUCAUGCAUCUCCUGCAGAUUUUGUCUUCUUCAAAUCAGAAGAGACUCUUACCAGACAUUUUGAGGUAAUUUUGUUUACCAACAUUGCAGAUUAAAUGAUAGAUUAUUUAUUAAGUGAAUUCUGAGUUGCCUUCAUAGGGAUUUCUAGAUAGAAAAUAUUAGGGAUCUUAAUAUGCCCACCUUACUGUGAACCCUGGAAACCCCAUCAAUACAAGGCAUAUAGUGAUGCUCAGUGAAAGAUGCUGAAUCAAGGAAAGAUUAUCUUUGUGUUUCUACUCUAAUUCAGAAGCAUCCUUCUUUCCUACUCAUUUGACUAAUUUGCAUCAGUCAAUUUUUAUUUUUGAGUGCUUUAAGAAAAAUAUAUUUAUAAAACUGUAUAUUACUGGGACUGGAGAGUUAGGCACUUGCCUUCAUACAGAUGUUCCUGGUUAUACCACCAAUACCACAUGUGAUUCACCAAGAACUGCCAGGAGUGAUUCCUGAACACAGAGCCAGCAGUAAGCCUUGAGCACAACUGGGUGUGAUCCAAACCCACUUGCCCUCAAAAUGGGAAGGAAAUGUAUUUUGCUACUUUAAAAAAAAAUUAUUGAGUUAAAAGAACUACCCCAUGAGAAAUCUUUUAGUAAGUCUUUAAGGAUUAUGCUGGCUGUCCCAGGAGUAAACAUACCUGUGCUUUACAAUUCGUGAGGACAAGCUGGAAGUUAACACCAUCUAAAAUUCAGUAAAAGCCCUAGAACUAGGUUCUCAGUAUAUUGGUCUCUCAAAUUGGGAGACUGUUUGUUGCUUUCCAUAUGAUGUAAAUGAAUGCUGGUUGGAGAAAUUGGGAAUUAUCAUGGGUAGGGCUAGCUAGAAUGUUCCAGUUAGUAUUCGUUUGGAGAAAUGAAGCUGUGUGAUGCACAGUUCCUAUGUCCGAGACCCAGAGUGAAAGUCAUAUCAAUGCAGUGAAUUCAGAGGAGCAGACAUUUGGCUCCAUAAGGAGACUCAUUGUAGCUGUUAGAAUCACUCUGCAGACAUAUUACUCACUUUAACAAAAGUUAAUAAUAAUGAGAAAGUUCUUUAUCGAGUGAUAACUUUAUGUUGUGCAUGUUCAUCAAGUUCUUUCUUAGUGCUUAGUAUGAUUUUUUAAUUAUCUCACAAAUUUUCACAGCAAAGCUUAAGGACCUCUACUCCACUUUAUAAUAGGAAAAUAGGAGAUGCAAAGAAGUAGAGAAAAUAUCCCCCCAAAGUUAUUGGAGUUUGGGCUCCAAUACUCCAACUUAUUCUCCUCUGGUCUCUUGGGGAGGCCUCCAGGAACACCUUGAAUCAAUCCUUUUGGGGUUACCUUUGCAAGGGUCAAGCGAGUGAGAAAGAAUCCUUAUAACAACCCCAACCUCAAUUCUGAAGAGAAGAUAAACUAAAGAUUCAUUAACCUUUGGUGGAAAACAAUCAUAUUGGUGUGUAGAGUCAAUUUAUUUCCCUAGUGUGGUUAAGUGUGAAAGAAAAGGCAAUGUGAAUUCAUCCAGCCACUUUAUCAAAUGCAUUUGGUGGGCACUACCCAGGUAUGAGGUCAAGGACUCUCCUGCCUUAUCUCCUAUCAUCCUUAGAGCACACCUAUACUAUGAGGCCUUCUUAUCAUAUCCCUGUUUUUAAUGAGAAAACCAUGGGGGCUUUCCGGUCAGUCAUCUGUGCCACGUUAUACCAAGGAGUGAUUAGUAGAAGAGGAUUUAAAAUCAACGUUUCCCAGCCACCUACAUCUCUGGAUGCUAAGGUGGCCUCAUCUGGCCUCCAAAAUCAAGAGCUACCUUCUUGACACAGGCUGACAUUUAGCUUUUAGGAUGAUUCAGAGACUGAUCAGAGUUGACUCUAGUAUGAUUAUCUAUGAUCACAUGCACGUUGUACUGUGUAUAUAAGGACUGAAUGGAGGGAGGGCUCACGGCCCCUGCCACUAUCAUGUUGAAUUGCAUCACUGCUUUUUAAGGACUUAUCUGGAGGCCAAGUAACAGCAGUGAUAAUGGUCCUGGGAAUUCUAAGUGGUCAGGACAGUGUGUCUCUACGUGUAUUCAUUGGUUGUGUCUGUGUUUGUGUCUGUAUAUAGCUAUUAUCAAACUGUGACUUCAUAUUUAAGUAUAUCUAUUGCCAUUUUUCGUAAGUAACUAAAAGUACAUAUAAAGAAAUGUCUUGAAAUUUCCCCAUGAGAGGAAAAUGGCUCAUGAGCAAUCUGUCAUGCCUUAGUACAGUCCUCAUUUUUUUCCCCUUAUUUGCAUAGCACAGGUGUUUGUUCACUGUGAAAGGUUUCAUUGUUCAAAUUCCCUGUU